AUGUCUGCGAUCCGUCCUCCAGCAAUUCAAAGAAAUGACUUCGAACUGAAACCCAAAUAUUUCUCUCUAGUAAGUCAGCACCCCUUUCAUGGUCUUCCUCAUGAAAACCCCAUAGACCAUAUCGAAGCACUUGAGGACUUUCUGUCUAACAUCAAGGUGCAUGGAGUUUCUGAAGACUACUUAUUUUGCAAACUCUUCCCGCACUCCCUAGCUGGAGAUGCGAGGCACUGGCUGAAAGAAUUGCAGCCAGGAUCUUUGACUUGCUGGAGUGAUAUCAAAAGCGUCUUCCUCAACAACUUCUUCGAUGAUGCACGAACCGAGGAAUUUAGGAAUAAGAUCUAUAAUUUUUCUCAAGGCACUACUGAAGCUUUUAAGGCUUCUUGGUUGAGAUUCAAAGCCUACCAGCAAGACUGCCCACACCAUGGUUUUCCCGAAAUCCAGCUACUUAAUAUUUUCUUCAGAGGUCUGGACUGGACUUCCCAAGCGACUUUGGAUGCUGCGAGUCAAGGGAACUUCAAAACCAAGACACCUGAAGAAGCUACGAAGCUCAUUGAAAAUGUGGCGUCUAGCACUAGUGCCAAGAAGAUUGAUCUCGAGAGGAGGAAGAUGGCCGAGAAUUCGAAUGGAGAUCGGAUAUCUGAGGUGAAAGAAACGUCAGAUUUAGUUCAUGCUUUUGUGAUUGGAGAUGAGCAAGUUCGGUCUACUGAAGAUAGUCAGACUUUUCUACGUGAAGGAGAUGAAGAAGAGCAUGUAGACUUCAUCGAUGAAACUGGCUUUCGCAAACAAAGACUUGCCGAUCAGCAGCGAAACAUGAGCUUCACAAGGACCUAUAAGGCAGAACAAACUCAUAAGAGUAAGCUGGAAUCUAUGAUGGGACAAGUUCAAAAAGGCCAGCAGAAAAUGAGUGCGCUUCUUGAUGAAAGAUUGGUUUACAUGAGCUUCCGUAUAUUAUGA